AUGCUUCAGCAUCGUAUCCACGACAUUGGUGACCGGUAUCGCGACGCGUUUCGGCGUUUCUUCACGGCGGAACCAAUCAGCCUGCACGGCCACGUAAGUGACGCGUCUAGCCCUGCGCUCUUGACGAGUCUGAUAUCCCAUCUUGCCUCUCGUGGCUCCACAAAUGGGAGCAGUCCUUUUCUCGAGGAAGCAGACAAAGCCAACCCUUGUGUCGCAAUCCUAGAGGGGUCUUAUGGAGCAGGAUACGGGCCUCUGGCACACAACUCAGUACUGGAAUUCGUCAGACCCCUGGCAAACGGGAGAAAUCCUAUUGUCAUAAAGACCCACAACGCAGCUAAUAUCGAUGACCAGGUGAGAAAAGCUAAGCGAACGGGAUGUGUGGCACUGAUAGCAGAGAUCGUUCGCGCUCGUGACGGAGUGGUUAUCAGUCAAUCAGCAUGGAGACACCUGUUGAGAGCUUGCGAAAAGAAUAAUCUGGUACUAGUCGUCGAUGAAGCGUUGACCGCAAUUCGUUGCGGCGCACCGUUCGCUUAUCAGCUACCACAAUUCCAAAAGCAUGGGGUCCCUGACCUUGUUCUGUUUGGAAAGGCUGUGAGAACAAACGGCAUUGCCGUCGACUGGCGAGGCGUCAACAUGAAAAAAUUGGAAGUUACCGAUCCAGAAGAACGCCUGUUUAUAGCGCUUCAAUGGCAAGAGCGGCUUACGGAGAUGGCACCUGCGGCGAGCCUGCUCACCUCAUGGGGAACGAUUGUGCUAGCGGAAAAGGAACAGUGGCCACAGCGUGCUCGUGAAAUUGGCCGUAUACUUCGCAACCUAAUCGAAUCAGAGGGCAUCAAAUCUUCCUUAAUAGGCGGGUCAAAUAGCCUUAUAUAUCUGCGAGUUCAAGACCAAGCUCGCAUCACAUCACCCGUUAUGGGAGCAAACGCAGGCAAGUAUGUUCGCUGGUUCCCCAUGAUGGACGCGGUCAUGACAUCAGAGAGGGAACUCAGCACUAAGGUUUUUGGUCCUGGCAGCAUCCCUCAUCGCCGAGAUGUCUCGGCAUAUCUGACCAGUCAAGCCGGGGGAACACUCAUGUCCGAUGGAAGGCAUGAGCAAAUGAAGUACGCAAAAGACGGGUCGAUUGUUCAGCUUUUGCCCAAGCAUCAAGGCUACGCUGCCGAAUUAGUGCUCGCAAACAGUGAGGCCAUACAGAAAUAA